AUGAACAAGGCGACGAUUCUGGAGCUGGCGAAGGGGUUCCGCGGGCGCGCGAAGAACUGCAUCCGCGCCGCGAAGCCGCGCGUGGAGAAGGCGCUGACGUACGCGUACCGCGACCGGCGCACGAAGAAGCGCGACAUGCGCGGGCUGGCCAUCGAACGCGUCAACGCGGGCGCGCGGCAAUACGGGGUGCGUGACAGUACGGGGAGUGUGACAGUACGGGGUGAGCUGCUGUUGAGUCAGGCGGCGAUACAGGCUACCUUCAUCUCCCAGUUCCCCAGCCCUCACGACACCCUCCCCUUCCUUUUCCCUCCGACACUUCUCCCUCCCUCUCCUGCUGUCCAACCAACCCCCCGUCUCCCAUAUCCCCACCCCGCCCCCCCCUCCUCCCGCCUUUCCUGUUCCUCUCCCUCCCCCACCACCCCAAUCCAUCCUCGAUACAAGCAGGUGCGGUACAGUGAGAUGGUGCACGGCAUGCAGCAGGCCAACGUGCAGCUCAACCGCAAGGUGCUCUCAGAGAUAGCCGCUCCGAGCCCUUCACCUUCCGGGCCCUCCGCUCUCUCAUUCUCCCGUUUUCCAUCACCCUGCCCCAUUCUCCCGCUUUCGUUCAUCCCGCCCCAUUCUCCCUCCUUCCAUCACCGCCCCAUUCUCCCGCUUUUCAUCACCCGCCCCAUUCUCCCGCUUUUCAUCACCCCGCCCCAUUCUCCUGCUUUCCAUCACCCCGCCGAUUCUCCCGGUUUCCAUCACCCUGCCCCAUUCUCCCUCUUUCCAUCAUCCUGUCCCAUUCUCCCUCCUUCCAUCACCCCGCCCCAUUCUACCGCUUUCCAUCACCCCAUCCCAUUAUCCCGUUUUCCAUCACCCCGCCCCAUUCUCCCGCUUUCCAUCACCCCGCCCCAUUCUCCCGCUUUCCUUCACCCCGCCCCAUUUUCCUGUUUUCCAUCACCCCGCCCCAUUCUCCCUCCUUCCAUUACCCCGCCCCAUUCUCCCUCCUUCCAUCACCCCGCCCCAUUCUCCCGCUUUCCAUCACCCCGCCCCCCCCAUCACCCGGUUUCCAUCAACCCCGCCCCAUUCCCCCGCUUUCCUUCACCCCGCCCCAUUUUCCCGUUUCCAUCACCCCGCGCCAUUCUCCCGUUUCUAUCACCCCACCCCAUUCUCCCUCUUCCAUUACCCCGCCCCAUUCUCCCUCCUUCCAUCACCCCGCCCCAUUCUCCCGCUUUCCAUCACCCCGCCCCAUUCACCCGGUUUCCAUCACCCUGCCCCAUUCUCCCGCUUCCAUCUACCCACCCCAUUCUCCCGCUUUUUUUUCACCCCGCCCCAUUCUCCCGCUUUCCAUCAACCCGCCCCAUUCUCCCGCUUUCCAUCACCCGCCCCAUUCACCCG